AGAUUCUAGAUGUAGGCCUAGAUAUAUCUAGAUGUUGAUCUAAAAUCAAAUACGUAAGGCCUAUCAUCCAGACCUGGAUCUAGAUCUAGAUCUAGAAAUCUAUAUAAAUUCCAGUCAAGUGAUAAUGAAUCGACCGGCGAUAGGCCAACACCCAGCUCGUAUUGUCCUGUUUGAUAUCAACCCCCCUUUUGAAAUUCUUGCUGGUCGGUCUAUAUGUGAUGCUCUUGAGAAUGUCUUAUGUGUUGGAUCAAGCCUGGCAGGUUUAUCACGAAUCCCUCUCUUUGGAAUGUACGUUCUGACCACGUUCCCUGAUAUGAUCUUACCUCUGACUCACGUGAGGAACAACUGUGUCCGUCUGUACACAGCGCUGCAGGACAUCAGGACUUUGUUAGAUGAGUCUCUGCCAGAUCGUAGUCCCACGGAAAUGGGCCAAUGCUUAGCUCAGGGGCUGCUGGAAGCCUGCAGACAGUUCCAGCGGUACAUCGGGAAUGUCCAACAGGCAUCUUUGAAUUUUAACCAACUUGAGGUGAUUGUCCUCACAGCCCACCCAGGAGGUUAUGUACAGCAGAAUCUCAAGGACUUGCCAAGUCAGGUUGACCUGACAUUACUCAAGCGUAUUCUCAGCGUUAAAGUCAACAGCAGUAUGUCGGAGAGCAUUGACACAGCCAGCCAGGAAACAAUGGCUGUAGAUGGCGCUACAGAAGACUACAGUGGCUUGGUGGAUAUGUUGUGCUUAGAAUGUGAUCAAGUGUCUCUACAUAGGUUUUUUUACAGCUGGCUGACUGACACUCUCAGUGAAAGUGAACAUCUACAUGUGUUGCUUCCGCCACCGACGCCAGCUGAUACAGAGCUUCUCAUCAAGUGUGAUGUACUGGAGAAAAUGCUCAACCCUCAACGUUUGCCUUGUCACAACAGAUAUAGCCUGGAUGUUGAUGCCAGUAUUUGCAAAUAUGUCUAUCCUACUCCCAGCAAAGCUGUAGGUAUGACAGUGUCCAUUCAUAAGCUCAAGACAGUGUGCAGCAUCCCGCGUUCAGCUCUGUGUGAGUCUGUGCUGUUUGGCCUGCCCCUGGUGGCCGUACCCACAGCCUGCUGGACUAUUGACUGGGAGGAGCUGGAGACGAACCAGAACAACUUCAAUGCAUUGUGUGCGGAGCUUGUGGCAAAUGACAGUGUGCUUUUGCUGCAGCUGUUGGAUGUGAACUCUCCGACUGGUGCUGUCCCCUACAGCAGCAGCUCCUCUGGCACUUCUGUGUCUACCAAGUCAACAGCAGGAAAUGUCUCCUCCAGACAACUGUCAGCAUCAGGGUAUUUUAUCAUGAUCCCGUCUGAUAACAGGACUCUUCUCUUGAAGAGUGUUGUAUCCGCCGAACUACUGUUACCGUCCAGUCGUUCACAAAUAAUGAAGCCUCUGACUAAAGAAAGUGAACUGUGUAUCCAGGCCUCUCUCUCUCAGCUGGAUUCCUGUGACCAUUUCAACCCACUGAAGUUCAGCACAGGGUUAUUCUCAGCCCUGAAGCGUUGCAGCUUGCCCAAGUAUGCUCUGGAUAAAGGAUGGGCUGCCAAAAGGAAAAUCGAGCUGAAAAGAUUGAACAAGGUGUCCUGUGUUGAACCAAUGGUUCCGUCUUCCCCCAAAGUAGCAAGACCUGGGAACCGCCUGACUGCUAACAUGUGGUCGAAUCCAUUGAGCAAUGUUGUAAAGAAGGCUAGUAAACCAAGCUCCAGACAGAGCGACAACAACUCACGACAAAGUGCAGUAAAGAACAACAUCUCAAAAAUGAGUUGGAAAUCUGGUUUUGUCAAUGACUAAGCGAAAAGGAUCUCUGUGUAUUCCCAAGGGGAUCUGUUUAGCAGUUGAAACAAUAAAGUAAGAUCAGAAUCGUGAAUUCUGGAAUGGUUUUUUAAAAAUAUGAAAGUCGAAUUGCCGUGAAGUCAAAUUUGGGUUUUGGAAAUCUGAAAGGGACAAAGGGUUCAAAAUCAUGUUGGGAAAGUUACUGAUAAGUUAAGAUGCGAUUUGCCCCCCACUUGCAACAACAUGUAUAGAUGGCUCUAGCCAUCUUGACUGAAAUGUGAAUAGUGAAUAGCAUGUCGUUGGUGAAAACCACAGGAGCUGUGAAAUAAAGUGUGGCUACCUCUACUCUGCCCCGUCAGAAUAUUAGGUAGCUGAAUUGACCUAAAAAAAGACCAAUUCCUCAACAGCUGUGGGAUGAGAGACUUGCUGGCGAAGACUUGGAAAACGAGAAAAAAGUAGCCGUGACUUUCAUUUUCACCACCAUUUGUUAAAGAACCUGUUUUCGCCAUGAACUUGUUAUUUCUACAUUAAUUUCAGAGUCUUACACAGGUUGCCCAGCUUCCGGUCUCAAUAAUAAUCUUCUUCUUUUUUAAUGCUGUUCCAGCACGUUGUCUUUGUGUAUUUACUUUGAUUUUAUCGUUUAUGAAAUUGCUGAACUGAUCUAUGCUUACCCCUCUGCACAGAAUCAGUGAUAUUUUUUCAGAAGGAAAAGGUUCUUGUGAAAUUGUAAGCUGAUAAUUUAUUUGAAAUGUGCUUAGGUUAGGCUAAUUCUAUGAACAGGUUAGAUCUAUUCUGAAGUUCGAUUCCGCCCAUACUUCAACAACCUUCGCAUGAAAAAGUUUCAUUACUUAAUAAAUCAGCCGCUUAACCCAAGAUGGGUUGAUUAUCACAGACAUAUACAUACAAUCAUGUUUUGAUUUAAAGAAUAAUGCAAUUUAAAGAAAUACUGCUGUUUACGGAUACGUGAUUGUAAAGGGGCAUCUUUUGAGAUUUUGAAGGUGAAUUUUUGCUUUUUGCUUAGACUUUAAGUAAGGUAAUUUGAGAUUAGUCUAGCUCCAGUUUGUGAUUUGUUAAACUUACAUCUACCUUUUUGAAGAUUGCAAAGGAAAUAUGAAUUCAAUUUGAAAGUUUCCUUUAAAUCCCUUUUCAGUUUGUAGCCCAGAGUACUAGAACAAAGAUAAAGGUAGUCACUUCAUGAGGUUAAAGUUAAGAUGACACCCAUUCCAAGUCUUUGAGUUACCAGCAAAUAUGUUGUUACUGUUUGAUGGUUCUUUGAUUCUAAUUUCUAGCUUUACUUCAAAAUCUAAUUUUUUCUUCAUUUAGAAACCACUGUCGAACCUGUCCAAGACGACUCACCAUUCUCGAGGGGAAAAUUGGUCAUGUUAAACAGGUGGUCUUCUUGGACAGUGUCAUUAUAAAAAGCAAGGGGGAAGUCGCUGUUUUUUGUACAGGAGACUGUAUUGGAAAGGUGGUCGUUAGGGCAGAUUCUACUGUAUUCUCAUACUGGUUAUAACAGUAGUAGUAUUGUUCUGAUGAUGUCUGUACAAAUAAAAUAUGGAAUGUUGUUUUUAUCAGAUCUGAUGAAUGAAGCCUUUGUCUGUGUAUAAAACCACGUUCUCAUACCCUUUUGGGUGUUCUUGUUUGUUUGUUUCUUUGUUUGUUUUUGGUUUAGUUCAGUCUAGAUAAGCUUCACAUCACAAACAACAUGGACAGAAAAGCAGCUCUCAUUGUAUA